AAUGGUGCGAUCGUAUUGAUAAUGAUGGUGAUGAUAGUUGCUGUCAGAAUAGAAGCACAAGAAGAAAGUGGUUGGACUCGUUGUUACCGCCUAUGUUCUCGUCCUUGUCCCAAUGAUGAUGGCAAUUGCUUCGAAAACUGUAAAAUCAAAUGCGGUGGCCCUAUCCCUUCCUCAACUCGUUUACCAUCCCAUGAGAUGGCAUCAAUGGAAGUUCGCGGAAAGAGAGAAUGA